GCGCGCUCGCGAUGCUGCCGCCCGUCCGCCGCCGCGGCACGGUAGUCGCUCGUAGCCGGUCGUCGGUCUGCUCAAGCCGCGCGACGCGGUUGGCAGGUGGGUGUUUGUGUUCCCGUUGUAGUGACUCGUGCACGCGAGGGAAGAGUUGAACGGCGUGACGACGGGUGACAGGGCCACGCGUGUAUAUACUCGGGGGGGAAAAGCGUCGUGCGCCCGCGGUCCUUCGACGCAGCAGCGGCGGCGAAAUGGCAGCGUGUCGAGCGGUACUCGUCGUGAGGUGGUGCGAGAUGAGUCGCGUGCUAACCGCCUCGUCCUGCCUGGCCACGACAAGGAGAUGCCAAAAGGAAACGUGGUGCAGGCGAUGGUGGCACAUCUCCCAGAGGAGCGUCUCUCUAUCGGCCAGUUCUUACUCGCCAAAGUUAAAUCCGCUUCUGAUGAAGCAAUUGAAAGAGCCUAAAGCCACGGAAAAAGAGACGAAGAAAACUGCAAGGGUGACGUCGGCAGAAAAGGUGGAGCCCGAGAGCAUCGAUGCGCAGGAUGUCACCGUGACGUAUCAUCGGGGACUUCCCAGAAUCACGGUGCCUCUUCCAUCCAGAAGGGAACAUUGCUCGUUCACCAUGAAGCCGAUUACGCAUACCGUCGGCAAUUUUUUAGAUAUGCUGAAGAGGGAGGAUCGUGGUAUCGAUCGAGCGUACAUAACGUCGCUAGAUGGCGUCAGGAUAUCUUCCAGCAACACGAUAGAGUCGCUUUUAGAGGAGGAUUUCAAAUUAUUCGUAAACGAUAACGAAUACAUUGUCUCGCCGCCGUUGCAAGAAAGGUGCACGACAGAGGAUUUGCAGAAACUUGGGGACGUGCAGGCGCUCGUCGCGCAAUUGUACGAGGCGUUCCACGUGCGAGAGUACAGCAUCGACAUGGAGAGAUCUGUCAUCGCCGAGCUGGAAGAUAUUAGGCUACAGCUGGUGCCCAUGGAACAGAAGUUGCAAGAGAUACAAAAUGCCGCUUACAAGAAGGCGAAUUUUUUUAUCUGGACGUUCCUAAUCAUGAUGUCUAUCCAAUUUGGGGCGUUGGCCAGAUUAACCUGGUGGGAAUACUCAUGGGAUAUAAUGGAGCCCGUCACCUACUUCGUCACAUACGGCACUACUAUGAUGUGGUUUAUUUAUUACCUCGUGACUCGACAGGAAUACAUGCUGCCGGAUGUGUUGAAUAGGCGUCAUCUAAUAGUGCUUCAUAGAAAUGCGCGAAAGGCCGGUCUCGACAUCGCAAUGUACAAUUCUCUGAAGAAUCGCGCAUACGAGUUGGAGACCACGCUGAAAAUUAUUCGUGGCCCUUUGUAUGAUUACAAGACUGAAAGGGCGCGAAAGCAACGCGCCAGAUCAAGCUCCAGCAGCUCAAGAUCGCCGAGUUCCUCGCCUAGUCCUAGUCCUAGCCCCGAAAGAGACGUUCCUAAAGUUAUACCCGAGCCGAGGAAGUAUGCCGAAGAGUAUAAGAUUUAAUCAAGGUGUUAAUUAAGGUGUUCAAACGACGAAGCUCGGAAUGUAAUGGAAUCAACGAUUACCGAUCACUUAAAUCGAUGUUAUCUUCUUCCAAUGAAGUACACACUCAGAAAAAAGACUUCCCUUCUCUCGAGUAUGAAUGCGAUGCACUCAGGGUAAUUUUCAAGUUCGCAAAAUCGGAUGGCGAAUGAUCCGAAUUGCGAGACUGAAAUGGAGAUGUAAUUUAUUUUUGUGUUUGUGUGCGUUCACGCGAAGGAAACCCGUGUAGCGAUAUCUCAGAUCUCGAGUUAGUCUUCCAAGUAGGAUCGGCGGCAACUAACUUUCGUCACGCGCAAUGCAUUUCUGUCGACAAGUUUGGAAGACGGUAGAGAAAGAUACAUAGAAGAGAAAAAGAGUAUUACACCAUACGUCAUAAAUAUCUUAACAAUUACUAGAUGAGCAUUUUUCAGUCUCUAGUUAGCACUCCGAGAAGUGACACAUUUCACAAACAUUUUAUAAAGGUUUUAUAAUGAAAAAUACCUAAAAGAUUUAAUUUAAGGUAUGACGAACGAUUAAAAUCACGUCAUUUUGUAUCUUGACUCUCUUUCCGAAAGUGUUCCUGGAAAUUGCAUUCAGUAAAUGUUAAAAUAUUUAUGACACUUACAUGUACUAAUGUGCUAUUUUGAUUAACUCUUUGUUGUAUUUAGUAUAAUCAGAAAGUUACAUCCAGAGAAAUAUUAACGGAUUAUUGUUGUAGAUUACCUUAUCACUUUACCGGAUGAUCUUAGCACCAAUUCAAUCGUUGUCUCUCAUACUUGGCUGAAUUACAUGUAAUGAAUCUCAAUGUAACACACUUGAAACAUGUCGAAUCAUAGCUUUUACGCAUUGGUGCAAAGUAAAUAAUGUUGAAUUAAAAUAAUGGCUUAAAUGUAAAAAUAUAAACGCCUUGACCAACGAAAUUUUGACAAAAGAUAUCAAUGAAAUGCUCAGCACAGAAUGUAUAUAAUUUAAUAUAUAUGUAUUUCUAAGUAUUUUGUUGAUUUAUUCAACUAUGUAUUCGAUUAUGCACAUGUUUUUAUCAACUCGUACACGAAAGUCUUUACUAUGCACCAAUGCGUACUGGUGCAUUCGAUCGAAUUCAAUCGAAUUUAACUACUAAUAACAAAUAGCUCUCUAAAUGACAACCAAUGAAAUCAGUGAAAUAAAUGCACUAUCUUUCAGUGAUAAUACACUAAUUCUUGAUAGUCGAAAUCACUAAAAGUCAAAAAAUAUGCACUGAUUAUCACAGUAUAUUAUUUGUUGAUUAUAAUUUGGAGGAAGUAGUUUAGAUAUUAAUUGACAAGUGAUUUUCUGUUUACGAUGUAACAUACCUCACGAAAACUGUGAAAAGAUUCUACAAAACGGUAAAGUUUUAAGCCACAUUGAGUGUAAAUUACGUUUACUAUUAUGUAUAUAAGACAAAAAUGUAUUAUAUGAGCUGUAUAAUAUUAAAAAGUUGUAAUUGUAAUUACAAAUCGCAAACUGUAAAUUGAUACGUAAAGUAAAAAUACAUAUUUAGUUGUAUUUUUUUAA